AUCUCCCCGCACCGCGGACCCCCGUGUCGUCCGCCGCCGCGUCCGCUGACCUCAUCUCCUGGCGCCGUUACGGGCGUGUGAGCGAUUCAGAACUCAACGAAAGCUACCCCCGUGAAGCCGGAGCGCCGCCAUCUUGUUAAUGGAAAUCCUCCUUUCCUCCCCACAACCGCUCCAUGCCCAGGAUUAAUACCGUUAAAUUAUAAAGUCAGGGUUGAAACUGCUUAGUGAAUAAAGUAGCAUGACUGGACAUGAAAUAUUGUAUAACUGCAAGAAUCCUACCGUAUGGAGGUCUAUUUUUGCUGUCUAUGGGGAUGUGGUUGAAGCCAAGGCAAUGGCAUCCAAAGGGAAGAAAGCAAGCAAGCUGAUUGCACUGGAUAAAUGGUAUCAAGAAGCAUUACCAGAAGCUGUCUGUAGUCGCAAAGAGAAAUUCCUCACUCACGCAGAACUGGUUCAGUUGAUGGAGUGGAAACUGACACGGGGCAAGUUCCGCCCAACAUUGCAGCAGAUGGUAAUGAGUAAUUCCAGGGAAAGUGUGGAGGCCUGCACACGAAAAGCUUUCAAGCUGCUUCCUGAUGUUUCAGCUGCAAUCACAGAGCUCAGUAAACUGAAAGCCGUAGGACCUGCUACGGCGUCGGCUGUGCUUGUGGCUGGUGCUCCCCAGGAAGCUGCGUUCAUGGCAGAUGAAGCAGUGGAGUCAGUCCCAGGCUUGGUUCCCAUUAAGUACACACUUAAACACUACAUCCUGUACCUGCAUAAAGUGAGGGAGCGUGCAACGCAACUCAACAAUGAUGAUUCACUGAAGGAUUGGACCCCUCACAGAAUUGAACAAUGUCUUUGGACUUGGGCUGUGGGCCAGCAGAUCAAACCUUUGUUGCUGAAGGGGAUCGUGCUGCAUCAAAGUAAAAGACUGGGCAAAGAAGAAGGCACAACAGCAAGACCUGCGAAAAGGCAGAAAACGCAAUGUUGAAAGCAGCCACCUCCUGAGUGAGAAAUGUUAAAUUCUAGCUUUAGACUCUUGGUGCAGGAAAUAGCACAGAGAGUGAAAACCGUUCAGUAAAACCAGACUCGAGAGUACAGGGAAUCCCAAACCAGAGGUCAUGGUUCCCAGACUGCAAAGCACCGACUCAGAUUUGUCAGCCCUGGGAUCAGCUGAAAAGCCUCUUUAAAGGCUUGUGAUUUUUGGCCUGUGAGCAGGGCCUUAUGAGCUCGGAGGCACAAUUAUUGUCAUCUACACAACCUGCAAAAGUGGUAGGUGAUGUUGCUCUUCGUGCCUAGGUAUCCUGCAGUUUGAUUUUUUUUUUUAUCCCCCCCCAAACCACCUAACAAUUGUCUCCCAUCCCCCACAAUUCUCACCCUGAGGUUAUACCUCAAAAUAGGGUUAUAGCAGAAAAACGCUUUCAGAAGCACUGCACAAUAUUGAAAGGCAAAGGACACUAUUGUCCCCCAGAGUCAUAACAACAUAAAACCAUCUUGCUUUUUAUGUAUACUCAGUCCAACAAAUCCCAUCCCACUUGAACGUGUCGCACAUGUAAAAUUUAUAUAUAACGCAAUCUAAAUUUAUAUAUAAAUUCUAUGUGUACCUGUUUGGCCAUAAAAGUGGCAAAAUAAUCUCAAUGAACAAGACAGCAGAUCUAUCAAUGGGCCAGCAGCAAUUUGAAAAAAUGAUAAAGAAGGCCAGUAAUUUCUUGUUGGUUUCUGCUGAUCUUGGUAACCUGUCCUAUCGCUAAUAGGUGAAACGGGUGAUUUACAAGCAGCUAUACUCUUUAUUCAGCAACAAUGUGUAGUUGCUUAUUGACAUCACAAUAUGGCUGUUAAGAUACUUGACUUAUGGUCCUGAAUGGGCAGUCAACGUUGAAAAUAGCUUUACCUUGGUGAAAAGGAAUGAACUGUGUGUUGCUUGAUUUAUGCUGCUGUCGGUAUCUUUCAAUGCUAUUGAAGAUUUGCUUGUACCAGAUUUUGAAAAAUGAAAGAGUGACGCAUUAAAAAAAAUGAAUUGGAGCUGGUGUCUCAGGGAAUCCAUGUUUUCCAACAUAGUGAGUUGACUGUUUCCUGAUCCCACUGCUUCUAUUUGGUGGAUGCUCCAAAUUUCUGUGCAAAGUGACAAAUAUUGAAGUGAUGAUUGUGCAUGGGCAUAAUAUUGGCAGUAAUCCCUGGUUCCAAGAUAAAUAACUGUGAUAAACUUAAGAUUUCAAACUAGAGAAUGCAUAAAGUACAAAUAUAAAAAUAUAACUCUUCUUUCAGAUUGUAGAUUUUUGUUUGAAAUAUCAUCAAUAUAAUUUAAUGAAACCACGGAGAUCAUUAAAUUUUUGUGUAUUAAAUUCAACAGAACCUGCUUAUAAUAGAACCAAAUGUUCUACUUCAUGGAGCAGUAAAUUGUAUCACCAAUCAUUGAAAACUCAUGGCUCCAUUCACAAAGUAUUUUAUGUCAAGAUUUUUCUUGGGUUCUGUUGAUCUUUUGUUGUAAAUUUUGGCAGAAACUCCAUUUCUCGUUUAGCUGAAGUCUCUGUCCAUCAUGCCCACCAGUCAGAGGGCCCAGAGAAAGUUCCUGUCUUGAAUAUCUGCUGAUUUUAAAGUCUUUAAAACGUUUCACCGAAUGAAACUAUCAAAAACUUGGGGCCUAAUUGCAAAACUCAUUUGGUUCGAGUUAAAAUUGGCCUCUUUUUGAGGUCCAAUGAUGAUGAUUGUUUUACCACAAGUACAUGCUGAGUUUAAGGUAAGGUGUAAAAUCUGAAGCAAAAGUUUCAUCCUGUUGUUUAGAUUAGACUCUUGGAAGUGAAUUUCAUCAGCAUUUCUCUUGGUUCUGUUUACGCUGCUCUGCUGAAUUAGUCAGUUCACUGUGAUUGAAUUUUCUAUUUUCUUUAAAUUCCUGAGAUGAGAACAUUUUGCCAUUUCAAAUUCUGCAGUUUUUCUGUUACUUUUGCUUUGCAUUAUAAUGCAAUAACUUGUCACUGAUGGUUUACUUAGUUGUAUGAUCACUUUGUGCCUGGUCUAUGUUAAUAAAUUGGACAUGCAAAUUAAUAUUGUUCCCCGUUAAAGUUUAGUGUAACCCUACACUGCCUCCACAACACUGACUUGUAUAUCAUACUUUUUACAGCUGAAUUCUUUAAAAAUGAUUUUAUUAUGCAUUACUGGCCUUGCCAUCUCAUUGCAUUGCAGUAUUUUGUAAAUUAAAUUGUGGAGAUUAUAUGCAUUCCUUUCCAAUAAAUUUUGUUGUUAAAAAGAAAUGCAA